ACAUUUAUAGCCGUUGUACAUAACCUUAUUGAUAUACUGAACAAGACACAUGCCCUAUCUCUAUUUUCAACCCAAAGUAACACCCAGAACCAGAAUACAAUGGGCCCCACCACCAUCAUCAACCCAUCAGAAGAUCAUCGCCCUUCUCAAACACUGCUCCGAAAUAGAGGAAUUGAAUCAAAUCCACUCCCAAAUGAUCAGAACUGGGCUAAUCCAAGACACCCUUUUGGCGAGCCAAAUCAUUGCUUUCUUCACCAUUCCUUCUGCCCAUUUCGACGUGGACUAUGCACAACGUAUUUUUGAUCAAGUUCUCCACCCGAACGUGUUCAUGUGGAACUCCAUGAUCAGGGGUUACACACAAAAUCAUGCCCCCAAAAAGGCGCUUAUCCUCUAUAAACAGAUGCUCGGCAGAGCAUUUUCUCCUGAUAAUUACACUUUCCCUAUUGUAACAAAAGUUUGUUCUCAUCUUCGAGUGCUUGAGUUGGGCGAAAUGCUUCAUGGGCAGAUUUUAAAAUGUGGGUUUGAAUCGGAUAUGUUUAUUAUGUCCGGAAUUGUCAAUUUCUAUGCAAGUUGUGCAAGAAUUGAAGUCGCAAGAAAGCUCUUUGAUGAAAUGCCUGAAAGAGAUGUGGUUUCAUGGACAACAAUGGUAUCUGGCUAUGCGCAGUCGAACCAUCCCGAGGAGGCCUUCCUCUUGUUUAAUGAGAUGAGAAUGGAAGGUGUUGAGCCAAACAAGGUCACUGUCAUGAGCCUGCUCUCAGCCUGCGGGCAGCUGCAAGCUCUCGACAGAGGCCAGUGGAUUCACUCGUACAUUUUAGAAAAUAACAUAGAGUGUGAUAUGCAUGUCAAAAAUUCACUCAUGAACAUGUAUGCUAAGUGCGGAAGUAUGUCAACCGCGGUCAGGAUUUUUAGGAACAUGCCCACAAGAAAUACAGUCUCAUGGAAUGUUUUGAUCAGUGGGUAUGCUCAAAGUGGCUGCUCUAUCGAGGCUCUGGCACUGUUUCGGGAAAUGGAGGGCUCGGAUAUAAGACCAAAUGAGAUUACGAUGGUAAGCACAUUGUUGGCAUGUGCACAACUAGGUGAUCUUCGAAAGGGAAAGCUUCUUCAUGCUUAUAUUAAGGAACGAAUGAUUGACUGUGACAUCUUUGUCGGAAAUGCUUUGAUCAACAUGUAUGCAAAGUGUGGAGGUCUAGAGGAAGCUACACGCGUGUUUCAUGAAAUGCCUGCAAGAGAUGUUUUCUCGUGGACAGCUAUGAUAACUGGCUAUGUUCACGGAAGCUGGUUCAAAGAGGCCUUGGCCCUUUUUCAAGAGAUGCAGCUUUUGAGAGUUGAACCUAAUGAAGUGACUCUGGUGGGCUUGUUAUCAGCUUGUUCACAGCUGGGGGCCUUGGAUCAAGGAAAAUGGAUUCAUACUUACAUAGAAGGAAACAAUGUGAAACAAGAUGUAUGCCUAGGAAAUGCACUGGUCGAUAUGUAUGCCAAGUGUGGGUGCAUCAAAACUGCAUUACGGGUAUUCCACAGCAUGCCUCAUCGAGAUACAUUUUCAUGGAAUGCGAUCAUUGGAAGCCUUGCCAUGCAUGGACAUGGAAGAGAAGCCCUUGAUCUCUUCAGCCAAAUGCAAAGGAUGGGUGACAUGAGACCUGAUGGUGUCACUCUUUUGGCAGUUCUUUCUGCAUGUACCCAUUCAGGCAUGGUUCAUGAAGGGUACAGUUACUUCAAUUCCAUGUCUAGCUUGUAUGGUAUCACCCCAAGGAUUGAGCACUAUGGAUGUAUGGUGGACCUCCUCAGCAGAGCAGGUCUUGUGGAAGAAGCAAAUGAUUUCAUUGAGAAAAUGCCAUUGGAACCUAAUCCUGUUAUCUGGGGGUCUCUCCUCGCUGCCUGUCGAGUGCAUUGUAAGGCCAGCCUUGGAGAGAAAGUUGCACGGCGCAUUCUUGAGCUAGCACCUGAUGAUGAGGGAGCACAUAUUCUCCUCUCUAAUAUAUAUGCUGAAGCAGGUAGAUGGGAUGAUGUUAGAGAAGUGAGAACCCUGAUGGGUGAUAGGGGAAUAGAAAAAUCCCCAGGAUUUAGUUCGAUUGAAGUUGACGGCAUUGUUCGUGAAUUCUUUGUCGGUGAUGUACUGGUCCAUGAACAUGAUCAGAUCUAUUUGGUUUUGGAUGGCCUCACACUUCAGUUAAAGCAGGCCAUUCAUGAGACCAGUCCAAGCUUCAUUUCAUGGUAAAACAGUUUAAUAUUGGUGCUUUAAAUAGCAGUUGAUUGAAGGGAAGACUUCACUAGACCCAUUUACAUCUUGCUUCUGGGGUUAAGUGUAGAUGGAUUUGAUAGUUCCAAUCGUUGCUAUUUGAUCAAACAAGAGAGAAUUUGUAACCAUA